AUGCAUCAACAACCACAUGACGAUCCUAAUGAAUACUUGAUAAAAAGAAAUGAGAAGCAAGGAGAAAAUUAUGAAAGAGGAUGUGAUGAUCAAGAAGUUGGGAGUAGAGGAGUAAGAGAAGCCAGUGGUGAUCAAAGAGCCAAGUUUUUGAAGUUGGAGCAGUUGGAUCAAGAACCUAGUUUUCCUCCAGACACAGCUGGGGUUUCUCUUGAUGGUACUGGCCAAGUUGGUACAUAUUUUUACACUGCUCCUGAAAUUGAGCAAGGAUGGCCAAAGAUUGAUGAAAAGGCCGAUAUGUACAGCUUGGGAGUUGUAUUCUUCGAGCUAUGGCACCCAUUUGGGACGGCAAUGGAACGACACCAUGUCCUAUCUGAUUUGAAACAGAAGGGCGAACUUCCUCCUGCUUGGGUUGCUGAAUUUCCUGAACAGGCAUCUUUGUUGCGACGCUUAAUGUCUCCAAGUCCAUCAGAUCGUCCUUCUGCCACAGAACUUCUAAAGCAUGCAUUUCCACCACGAAUGGAAUCCGAGUUAUUAGACAAUAUUUUACGAACAAUGCAAACUUCAGAGGACAGAAGUGUAUAUGAUAAAGUUCUGAAUGCCAUCUUCGAUGAGGAGAUGUUAAGCAUGAAAGAUCAACAACAUCAUGAUGGAAGAUUGGGAUCUGUAAGUGAUAUUUCUGCUAUUCAGUACGCAGAUUUACACACUGAGGCUCGUGAUUAUGUUGUUGACAUCACAAGGGAGGUGUUCAGACAGCAUUGUGCGAAACACCUCGAAGUAAUAACCAUGCAUUUGCUAGAUGACUGCCAACAGUUCAAUAGGAACACUGUCAAACUUUUAACCCAUGGAGGAGAUAUGCUUGAACUUUGUCAUGAGCUGCGCUUGCCUUUUGUUAGUUGGGUGAUCUCCAGCCAGAAAUCUUCAUUCAAACGUUAUGAAGUAUCAUAUGUGCACAGAAGACCCAUUGGACAUUCACCCCCAAGUCGCUACCUGCAGGGCGACUUCGAUAUUAUUGGAGGUGCAUCAGCAUUAACAGAGGCAGAAGUAAUCAAGGUGACAAGGGACAUUGUUGCUCGUUUUUUUAAUUCAGAUUUUUGUGAUAUUCAUCUAAACCAUGGGGACUUACUGGAAGCAAUUUGGUCUUGGGUAGGAGUCAAGUCAGAGCAUAGACAGAAAGUAGCAGAGCUCCUGUCUAUGAUGGGCUCUUUACGUCCUCAAUCCUCUGAGCGGAAAUCCAAAUGGGUGGUAAUCCGGCGUCAGCUUUUGCAGGAACUUAAUUUACCAGAAGCUGUUGUAAAUAGGUUGCAAACCGUUGGUUUAAGGUUUUGUGGAGCUGCAGAUCAGGCACUUGCUAGACUUAGGGGAGCCCUGCCAACUGAUAAACCAACGCGGAAGGCACUUGAUGAGUUAACAGAUCUCUAUAGCCACUUGAGAGUUUGGAGGAUCGAAAGACAUGUUUACAUAAACCCACUUAUGCCACCAACUGAGGGUUAUCACAGAGAUUUAUUCUUCCAGGUAUAUUUAGUGAAGGAUAACAAUCCUGGAUCACUUACCGAAGGUACACUGCUUGCUGUUGGCGGUCGCUAUGACUAUUUGCUUCGUCAAAUGUGGGGUCUUGAACAUAAAUCAAGCCCUCCUGGUGCUGUUGGAGCCAGCCUUGCAUUAGAGACAAUAAUUCAGCAUUCUCCUGUCGAUGUUAAACCAGUCAGAUAUGAAGUUAGCAACGAUGUUCUUGUUUGCUCGAAAGGAGGUGGUGGUCUAUUGGCAGAGCGCAUGGAACUAGUCGCUGAGCUAUGGGAGGAGAACAUUAAGGCUGAGUUUGUUCCAAUACCAGAUCCAAGUUUAACAGAGCAGUAUGAAUAUGCAAACGAACAUGAUAUAAAGUGCCUUGUCAUCAUAACAGACACAGGGGUUUCACAGAAAGGUUCUGUUAAGUUUUCCAGCAACCCUGUUGACUCCAGGAGAACCACAUUGUUGAUUGAGUUAUGGCUCAUCUUCGGAAAUCGAGAAGAUCAACAUGAAGUUUUGCAGCGUUUUCAAUUCUUGUCUGAAGAGUUUUUAGGGUUCCUCACUUUGUAUUUGAAUUUGCAAAUUUGUAUAUAUUUCAUAGGUCAACUUGUUUAAUGAAACAGAACUAGAAAUUAUUGAGAGAUAAAUUUUUUGUUCUUGAUACGUUAAAAGCGUUCUGCAACAAUAUGUGAAAAAGCAUCUCCAUUUGGCCUGACAUGAACUUUUCAAUUAUGGCAUGGUUUCAGAGCACUGUGUUCUCAUUCA